AAAGUUAGGGGUAAUUAGUAAAUUAUCUUACUGUUUACCAAGCUGCAGACUUAGCAUACUGGGUUAAUGUCAUAAUGGGCGUUGUAAUUAUUCAGAAGCUUAAUCAUCUUGUCAUUUUGAUUUGUUUCGAAGUAGACCAUGAAUUAAAACGGAUUUAAUAUAAGAAAUAAGUUAUGAAUAGGUGCAAGCAUAUCACAUUCCUCUAUUGCAUUGUAAAAACCAACAAACAUAGCGUAUGAAUGAGUUCCCCAAUAGAAAUGCAGAAAAAAAUGAUGACAAAAUGGUUGAAAAUUUAUAUACUGGUAACUCGCUGAUUUGUAAUACGUAUAACAAUGUUAAAUAAUACAAAUUUAUUCAAAGGUGUGAACAUGCGUAUACCACAGUUAUUUGACAUUCUUUGACAUAUAAUUUUCUCAUUCUUUAUUUCCAGAUGUGCUUUUAAGAUUCUUUGAAACAAGACUUGAAACACUGUGUUAACAGCAGCACAAUUGCAUAUGCUGGAAAGAUGUCAUCCUUUUUCAAUUGGUUGUGCUUUCCAAAUCGUCACGAACGAUCAAAACACAAGACCAAGUUAUCAAAGAAUUCGGACGAUGAUGGCGGAUUUCUUUCCGUAAAACAACAAAAGAGGAAAUUAAGCAGAAAUACUACACAGGGAACUGACUACAUACGUAAACAGGCUUCGUUCAGCGAGCAAGACAGGAAGUACUCGCAUAAAAAUGGACAGAGACAAGAGGAUAAUACUGUACCAAACAAACGAAGGAGAGUUCAGGAAAUAUUUAACUUACAAAACUCCGAACGUUCUGAAAGCAUCCCGAGCAGCCGUUAUACCGGAAGUAGAUACAGUAGAAAUAUCAGAGCAAAGGGAGACUUUGGGAGUGAGUACACUCCAAGGAUGUACUAUCACGAACACAAUGCUAUAGGAAACAAGAGUGAGAGUAUGUAUGGAUAUGUUCCUAAGACAGUGCAAACUUGUAGUGCUUCAAAAGCCCUAGAGGGAAACCGAGUAGACGAUUUCUUUUCAAAUCUUCACAGAGAGAAUGCUCUUCAUCUGUUUGGGAAAAUGAGUACAAGUAACUGCAAACAAAAUCAGUUAAUACCUACGUUUACAUUUUCACAUUCCCAGAGUCAGACGUCUGUGUCUACUGCAGAUAAAGUAUCACUUAUUGAGAGUGAGGAGUUUAUAAAUGUUGACGUACCUGCCUACGGAGAAUAUUAUCCUAAAAUUUCAUCACGUGUUAACUCCAUUCUGGAGGCCAGUUUUGAUUCCAUGUGGAAUAGCAAUGGAGAAGUUUUGUAUUAAUAUAGAACCUAGCA